AUGGAACAAACUGAGUGUGGAUGUGGCGUGUGCGGCGAGUGUCAGUCAAAUGAAGGAAAAUUUGGACAAGUGUGGACAAAAAGACAGGACAUAGAGAACUACGGCUCAGGCCCUCGACGACGCCGGACUUUUCAUGAGAGGAGAUACUUCCUGAUGGAAUACAGUGACUCCCAGCUGAUUGAAAGAUUUCGACUUGACCGUGCAGGCAUACUGUAUGUAACUGAUCUUGUGAGGGAUGCAUUAGGGAGUCAAACUGCUAGGAACAAAGCCCUCUCUCCUGAGAUGAAGGUGGCCAUCACCUUAGGGUACUUGGCCACAGGAAAGAUGCAGUUGUGCAGUAGCGAUGACUUCGGCACAUCACAGCCAACUGUUAGCCGUGCUAUCACCCAGACCCUUGAGGCUCUUGCACAACGAGACAAUUUCCGGAAGUUCAUCAAUUUCCCCUUCACCCAGCAGGAAGUUCAGCGGAAACAAGAACAAUUCAUGCAAGUUGCAGGGUUUCCCAGUGUCGCUGGUGUAGUCGAUGGCACUCAUAUAAGAAUUAUAGCUCCAAGGGAACACGAAGCUGAACAUGUAAAUCGGAAACGGUUUCAUAGCAUCAAUGUACAAGUUGUGUUUGAUGCAACAUACAGAAUACUUGACAUUGUUGCAAAGUGGCCUGGCUCUGUCAAUGAUGCUAGUCUUCAAUGA